UACCGUCUCUUAUGCAGAGAGUAAGUAAACGAAAUCUACAAGCGCAGAAAGUUUAUACAUGUAAACUUAAAACUAUGACGUUGCGAUAGUUCUCACACGGUUUAGUCCAAAAGCAUGGAGGAAUUCAACACAACUGUCCGUGUGUCGGGUGUCGUGUUGAGUUCACUGAUGUUUCAUCAUUUGAACAGUGAUGCGGAUGUGGAAGGUCUUAUUCUUGGACAAAGUGUGGGAGAGGAGAACUGUAGGAUCACAGACUCACAAAUUGAUCACAUACAGUUUGAGCACAAUAUAAAUAUUCAGAAACAUAUCCCUUGUCAUAAUCUUAAAAGCUUCUACAGUAAUGUUGGUGAUGUGAGUGAGGAGAAAAUAAGACACAUUUUGUCUGAAUACAAAGAGGAGAAUGUGAUCGGUUGGUACAGACAACGAAGAAAUUCCAGACAGCAAAUGACCUUCAUGGAACAAGUGAUUCAUCGGAAUAUGAGAAAGAUUCUGUCCGGUCAUGAACUUGUUUUCAUGCUGCUCACACCGUCUCAGGCAACAGCAUCAGACUCCACCCAUCGCCUCGAGUUCUCUGCUUUCAUAUGGCACAGCAGCCAGUACAUCAACAUCCCCAUCUUGGUGAGCAACCUGGGCAACCUUGAACAGCAGGACUACUGGAGAGUGUCAGGCACGUGUCCAUCUUUAGGAGAUUCUCAAACUGUUAAUCGACACAGGACAAAAUUCUUCUGCUCCGGGGAUGACUUAAAAGAGGUCGGAAAUAUCAACAACAUGAAUGAUGCCUUGUUAGGAGAAAUGCAGAAAGUGUGUGAGGAAGUGGAGAAGAGCGAAAGAGCAGUAGAGAAGCUUCAAGAAGACAUCACACAGCUCAAGGAGGCCAUCAGGAAUCAGAAGAGAAACUCUGAGAACAAUGAAACCCAAAAACAUGCUUCUCCAGAGGAACCCAAAGAGAAUGUUCUUCUGUGCUCAGCUCUCAGAACGCUCUUCCCCGAUGCGCCUUCAUUACAGACACCAACCCUCACUGUUCAGGGCUUCCCUGUAUUAGAACUGUGCUGUAAUACCAAUCAUAACAUUGAUAUUCCCUCCAAGCUGCCUCUGAUUCUGGAGAAUCAACACACCAAGAAGAAGGACACAGCUCCCCGACUCAGGAAAAAAUGCCUCGUCGCAAAUUAUCCUCAAAGACUUAAAAGGAAGAGGAAAAUGAAUGAUACCAGCGAGUUGGCCUCUGAGAGUGGGUCAGAUACAGAGGUUGAGAUGAACGGACAGAGCAGAAGUAACUCUCCUAUCUUUUAAAGAAUGCAUCUGAUCCUGGUUUUAUUGGUUCAGAAAUCU